CUCUCUACUUCAUCACUCUGCACCUUAAGGUAAUUUACCCCUUCAGACAUUUGUCUUGACUCUUCCAGUUGGAAAUCGCACAUUGUGACUUUCAAUCUAUCCUAUUUUCUCCUGCCACUCGCUUCCAGCCACUUCAGGACCAGUUCGCUCUGCCUCCUGAAUAAUUCGUCUCUCCUUAAUAGUAUGCCCCACUGAGCAAACACCAUGGCCCAGCCUUCGACUCCAGGCCCAUCGGGUUCGAUCUUCGGCGGAGGAAUCAACAAUCAAAUGGCUAUUGGGAAUGUCUUGACUCCAAGUUCUGCAGCUUCGUCAAACAAUACCUUCCUCAUGCCCAACUCCCCGGUGAAGGGACGAUUGAGUAUGGAUGGGUACCGCCCGAAAGUUACCAGGACCCUGGGCCAGAGGCCUGCGUGUUUGGUCAAUGCCUCUGUCACAUACUGUGGAAACAACCAGAUCUAUGCGUUUGGUGGGUUCGAUCAAUACACAGACGAAGUGUACAAUCAUGUCUUGAAGCUGGAUAUGGUCAGUUCGCAAUGGAGUUUGGUGGACAAUUAUGGAGAUAUUCCUGGUGUCCGCAUGGGCCACACUGCAACUCUGUACCAAGGCGACAAACUUCUGAUCUUUGGCGGAGAGAACGAGCAUCGAACUUACCUUUCCGACCUCAUAAUCUUCGAUCUCAAAACCGCACACUGGACACAACCCUCUGUCAGUGGACCAAUUCCCAAGGGUCGAGCUAGACAUGCUGCAGUUCUGCACGAGGACAAGCUGUUUAUCAUAGGUGGAAUCACUGGGCACAAUAAUUAUGUCUUGGACGACAUCUGCUACUUGGAUCUGAAGACUUUCACUUGGUCAAGAGCAUGGAAGUUCGUUGGCAGAUUCGACCAUUCUGCAUAUCUUUGGGGAGAUCGGGUUUGGGUCUUCGGCGGACUGAGUGAGGACAUGGACAAGAUUGGUGAUAUCUGGUGGCUUGAUCUCAAAGGCAGUCCGGCUUUCGACUCACCCCCACCAUUUGGAUCCAUGGACCGUAACUCUGCUCUUAGCCGGAUGACUGGAUCUUCCCGCCAGUCGUAUGCUAUGGCUCCACCCCCAGCCGUUGGAAGCUCUGGUUACGCCGCCAAUUCCAGCAGUGCUCAAGUAAAUCCUCCUUCUUUCCAGCUCACGAGCUCCCCUCCCGUUGCUCCAGGUACAAUCUCAUCACUGAAGUUCGUCUCUGGUCCAAAUAUCCCAUCUCAAGGGUCCGGCAUGCAUUUCCACGUAUACACUUCUGGUACUUUACUUGAUUUUGUCACUCCUGCUGCAACGAUCACACCCCAAGAAUGCUCUUUGUCUUCUCUAGAACUAAAUACUCUACGAUGGCAGAAGUUGGCGGAGGGUCGCGAUAUCUUCCGUCCUGGUUAUAGAUGGCAUUACUGCACCAUGAACGAGGAUGGGACGAAAGCUUGGCUUCUUGGCUGCCCAACUGACCCAACAGCUACUGAUCUUGGACCCGGUGGCUUUGAAGAAUACUUGAGCGAUAUCAUGGAAAUUGAUCUUCGCCGGUAUGGAAUCAUUGGCAAUAACUUAACCCCCGAAACUCGUGCGGAUACAUCUAUGAUGCCCUCUGCGGAGCGAAACAUUGUACCUCCAUCCAAAGGUCUCGGUGCAGAUCUCGCCAAGCUCUUCAACAAGACACCAGAAAGUGGAAGUGGAACCGAUUUUACUAUCACUGCGUUGAAAGAUGGCGAUUGGGACGAUGAUGAGAUGAUGAGUUCAAGCAUGAUGCGUCACAGCAAUGAUCAAGACCAGCAAACUUGGCUCGAUCCAAAUGCUACGACAUCUCCACCUAUUCACGUCCACAAGCUCAUCCUCCAAGCAAGAUGGCCUCAUUUCGCUCGUCUCUACAACGCACAAAUGGCAGAAUUCCACACCAAAAAGAUGCACAUCCCCGAGCCAUACACUGUAGUCAAAGCCUUCCUCUACUAUCUCUACACAGAUAGUAUCCAACCAGAGGACUGCGGGGAGCUGAGCGAUGUCGCUGGGCUGCUGGUCAUGUCGAACAUCUACAAUAUCCCACACCUCCGCCUCCUUUGCGUCAAUCGCCUCUCCAAGGAGCUUGACGUCGAACACGCCUGCAUCAUCUGGCACUGCGCCGGCAUCGCCAACGAAGAAUGGCUCCGCAAGCGCGCUGCCAACUUCUGCCUCAUGCACUGGGGCCGCGUGGUGCGCACUACGGGCUUUUUGAAACUUCCUCGCUCAGCGCUCGUCGAACUCAGCCAGGAAAUAGACAUGGAAGGUCGCGUUGUCGGAGGUGAAGAAUUGGAGUAUGUUGGUGGACUUGGUGGUUCCAGAUUUGGAUUCGGGGGUGUCGCGAGGAAGGCGAGUAUUAGUAGUAAUCAGACGCAGCAGAUGGGCUCCGAGGUCGACGAGAAUGAGGAGAUGGAGAUGAGUUAGAUGAGGUGGAACUUGCAUGAUACGAUGUCGAUAUGUUUAUACGAAGUCGAUGGAUAGGGCGGAUAGGUUUACUUGGCGUUUUGGUGCUGGUGCUGGAGGUAACUGUCACAAUGGCGGAUGGGACUCUCCUCCACUUGCUACCUUUUCUUUAUCUUACUUUGCUCGAUGCAUACAUUGCAUCACUUACUUGGACGGAGUUGUUUAUGCGGAAUACAGAGGUGCAAUGCAGGUGCUGGUGGAAUGUUGCAUUUACUUCGGCGUUCCUUGAGAAUUGGUGCGGGUAGUCUUUCGCCUUCCUUGGCUCACGAGUGGGAUAGGUGGAUGGGACAGUUUAGAUAGGUAUUGGGCUCCUAAUUUACAUCUACCUCUC